AACAAAUGCACACUGUUAGUUUUGCUCAGAGCCGGGUAAGAACAGCUCGAUUGGAAAACGAUAUUGGGACCUUUUAACGUUUGGCGGAGAAAAUACUGGUAGUAAGUAAAGUACUUGCUUUAAUACUAUUCCUUAAAUAAACAUUUUUUAUGAAACUCAGUUCCAUGCAGUCUGGGAAUGUAGAUCCCAGGUCUGGGAAUUGAAAUAGUGCUUUCCAUUUAAGGUUACAGAACACCUUUGAGUGUUAAUUUUGCCUAAAUUUUUUUAUUGGUUUCCAUGAAAGCAUUAGACUAGUUCUACUAUCUGACCAAGUUUGGACGAAAAAUGUUGAAAAUUCGUAGAGUUAUUUAAUAAAAUACAUUUCGCUUGCAAUAAGAAAAACAUUGAAAAUGUAAUAUUCAAAUUCAAUUUCCUCCCGAAGAAUUUUACGGCAAUUACUGAUUUUUAAACGCGUUGUGCUCCUGCGGGUUUUAACGAAUUUUUCUCAAAUUUUCACAGGACAUAGCUAAAGACGUCAGUUUCAAAAUUGUGUUCGGCUUUGUUCUAAUUUUGGAUAUUUUAACAAUAAGCAGCAAUUCACACAAAAGAUUCAGAAAUAUAUUGCAGUCGUCAAAGAAAUCGCCAUACCAGCGGAAUGACGAAAUAAACAAAAAUUUCCGAACACAAUUUUUUAGAACAACUAUUUUACUGUAUAAAAACGAUAUUUUCAUAAAUAUAUCUUAAAACCAGCAGGAACAUAACUCAAAAGCGUAAAGGUACCGCGACUUAAGAUUUUCCCAAAUAAUUCUUACAUUAUUUUAUUGUUUGUCAAUUUUACAACUUUAUCAUAUUUUGCAUGCACUAGCUAACAUUUGGUGAACAUUUGAUGAAAAUCGGACUGAUUUUGAGCGCGCAGUAGCGAUUUUCCACAAAACGCCAAAAAGGGUGUCCUGUAACCUUAACAGACCCGAAUUUUUGUCUCUGUAUCAAUGGAAAGAUCUGAUCGAUGUUUCUCAAAUAUUUAGCGAAAAUGGACCUCAUUCUAAUGUUAUCUAAAUUUUCAGGUCAGAUCAAAGCCCAAACGUUUUCAUUCAACAACUUGACCGUUCUGGCCCAUAGACAUCUUAUAUACACUAGAUACAGUGGUCCAUCUAAUUAUUCUGCAAUUCAAAAAUUGAAGCCGUGAUUGCAGACUUCGGAUAUUCCCAUGAAAUGAGAAGACUCGUAUGUUUUCUAUUUCUUAAACAGGGAACUUAAACAUUAAGUUAAACCUAUUCCAAAUACAUUUUCAAACUGUUCAAAUGAUGAAAGUUAUUGUUGUUUUUUAAGCGUUUAUUAGCGAGUGGGAAACUCCAACAUGGCCGCCAUCUAUUCAAAUGGGGGUAACCGCUGGAAUAUUCUUGGCUUCAAUUUUACUAAAAGAGAUGCACUAUCUAGUCUAUAUAAGAUAUCUAUGGUCGGCCCGUGUUACUGGAAAGCGCCAUAGAGGUUCCCAGGUUACGACACUUUUUUCUUCCUAUAGAGCCAAUAGAGACCCAGUGAUGAUUUUCGAAUGGUUAAGGCGAGUGUGGUUAUGGUUACGGGAAAACGUGGUGUUUUUUUUACCCAGACUGAUCAGUUCUAAGCAUGACCAUGACAGUGACUGCAGUAGUAGCGACGAGGACAAGCGAACACGGCGGCUGGCCCCUGUUCCUGGCACUGAAAUAUUCGACGAAAUUGACAAUGACGGGACCACGAGUGCACCAAGAAGACCGCGGGCACAUCUCGCCGUCGCAGAUGGCGUACAAUAUCGUUAGUAUAUAGCUUUCUAGGAAUUGAUGAGCAAGGGUGGGUAGUAGCGAAGAAGUUGUAGUUCGCUACUGUAGCGAACUACAAUUUUCAAAUAGCCAGUGGUUUUUGACUACUUUUUUAAAACAGUAGCUUUUAUAGCGAACUACAUUUUACCUAAAAGUAGCCAAGUAGUUGGCUACUUUUCAAACGGCGAAUCGCUAUUCGCUACUUUUUAAAAUUAUUAGCAACUUGAUAGAAUAGCAUGAUAUUGAGACACGGUCUGCAUAAAAUCAAUACUCAAUGGUCCAUUUACACUCCUGAACACUGUAGUGCUUACAAAAAUGUUGCUUUGUGUUUACUGUUGUCUGUUGCUACUCGUAAGUCGAUUUGUUAUAGGUUACGUUACAGCCUGAGUUAAUAGUAGAUGCUCCAAAUACAGUAAAACUAAAAAAUAUAGAUUAGCGAAAUAGCGAAAUAGUUCGCUACAUUUUUUAAGCAGUAGCUGUAGUCAGUAGCGAACUAACUUUGUUCAAAAGUAGCAGUAGUUGUAGCUGACUACAUAUUUUUGAAGUAGCUGUAGUUAUAGCGAACUACAAAAAUUUUGUAGUCAAGCCACCCUUGUUGAUGAGUUUCAGAAUUGACGGGUUUCAGUACUGAGAAUGAACAUUACAAGGCAGUACAUAAAGGUUAGUUUACACUAUCAAAAGUUUCUGGGAUCACAGUAGGAAUUUUGCAUAGGUAAAUUCUAAGUAUUGAAGGAUGAGCUUCAGUCUGAGCUUCCCCGGAGUGUCAAUGACUCAAUGCCGGCUGUUUUUGAAUAGCUGGAGGGUUAGUGUCGUACCUUACUAUGUGGCUACUCACCCUCCAGCUAUCCAAAAACUGCACUGACACUCAAGGCACAGAAUAGGAAGGUAUAGCAGAAGUGUAACUUGAGUCGGUUCCUUUAUUGUUUUACGUCCACGAAAAUUUUAACUCGCUCACGCCAUCCCGGCUAGUACAACCGGAAGUUUUUAUCAGGUUUUGGUAGGUACAAAGUGGCGGUUGUACUAGCCAGGAUGGCGUGAUUGAUGACGAAUUGCUUGUAAAAACGCGGACAAAUUCCUUGCUCGAGAUACACUUCUGCUAUACCUUCCUAUUCUGUGCUCAAGGGGAGCUCAGAUUGAACCUCCACUCGUUGAGGGUGAGUGAGCUUUUAGAAUACUAAGCGAUAUAAAUAGAGUCUGUAUUCGCAGGCUAUUAGAAUACAGGCGUUAGUCAGUUCUCACAAACAUUUCUUACAAAUCCUUCAAAACGUAGAAUUUUGCUAAGUUAAAUUCCUACUGUGAUCACAGAGACUUUUUUGAUUGUGUAGACUAGCCUUAAUGCUGUAACAAACUGUUCAUCAAAAGAAAUGUACGAAAUGUACGAAGUCUGGAUGUUCCAUUGUACAAAACAGCUACUGGACAAAGAACAUUCCAUCAUCGAACUGUCACUCUUUGGAACAACAUUAGCCCUGACUUAAGUCGGUGUAAUUCUAUUUCAAACUUUAAGUUAAAACUAAGACAUAAACUUCUCCAGCAAUUCCUGGAUAGUUAUUAAGUACUUGUGUUUGAGUAGUUAAUCAAUAAGCGUUGUCGAUGUUACUGUUGUUGUGUUAUCAUCAUCGCUGUUGUUGUUGUGGUUUUUGUUGUUGGUGAUGUCCCUGUCGCAGUUUUUGUGACUAAUUGUCCUUGUUUGCUAGUAAUGUGUUUCAAUAAAAUUAAUUUGGACUAAAUGUAGUAAUAAUACAGUAAGUUUAUGUGUUUGUAAAUUUUGUCACUGAAAAGCCCCUCAGGGUAGUGUCAAUAAUGUCAAUAAUCAAUAAUCAAUAAUCAUUAUGAUCAGAGCGCUUAUAUAGUAGUAUAUCAGGGUGUUUUAUAGGAUGCCUGAUUAGGCGUUUUGUAUUUUCUAGCUCCAAAACUCAAUCCUCGAGACAGAGGUGAAAUAUUUUGUCUUAAGGUUAGUAAAAUUAAACGUUCGACUGAACAUAAACGCUCUCCUUUCCCAUUGUCAUAGAAGCGAAAGUAAAAAUAGACAACCACAUAAUACAAAAUGUGGCCUGCGAGCGGAGACAUGUUUUGAAAAGAUGUUCUGCAAAGGCUUUGCAAACAUGCUAACGAAAUUAAGUUUCCUAAUCUCAUUUUUAUAGAAUCCAUAUUGUGUUGUAAUUGUCAACAUAUUCUUUGAGAAUAAAGUUGGCCCGCGCAACGGGGCACAAGCGGAUCGCGAGAAUAUUGAAAGAUUACUCACACGUACUGCUGGUUUCAAUAGCGUUCAUGUUUACUGUGAUCAAAGACGUAACGAUACAUUGGAAAUCAUGGAAAAGAUCUCAAAUUCUCCAGAAAUGGGUAAGUUCAAUGUAUCUUAUAUAGAUGUAGCAAAUUUUUUUCAAAAGAAACCCUUUACAUUACCUCACAAAAAUGUCAAAACAUGACUGGAUGACAUGAAGAACAGUGGAAUUUUCAAAACAAUGAAAAGACAAUGGAACAUUCUGAUCAUUGGAUCAUGACUGAAUAGCAUGGAGAACAGUUGGAUUUUCAAAACAAUGAAAAGACAAUGGAACAUUCUGAUCAUUGGAUCAUGACUGGAUGGCAUGGAGAACAGUGAGAUUUUCAAAACAAUGAAAAGACAAUGGAACAUUCAGAUCACUGGAUCAUGACUGAAUGGCAUGGAGAACAGCGAGAUUUUCAAAACAAUGAAAAGACAAUGGAACAUUCAGAUCACUGAAUCAUGACUGGAUGGCAUGGAGAACAGUUGGAUUUUCAAAACAAUGAAAAGACAAUGGAACAUUCUGAUCACUGGAUCAUGACUGGAUGGCAUGAAGAACAGUGGGAUUUUCAAAACAAUGAAAAGACAAUGGAACAUUCUGAUCACUGGAUCAUGACUGGAUGGCAUGGAGAACAGUUGGAUUUUCAAAACAAUGAAAAGACAAUGGAACAUUCAGAUCACUGGAUCAUGACUGAAUGGCAUGGAGAACAGCGAGAUUUUCAAAACAAUGAAAAGACAAUGGAAUAUUCAGAUCACUGGAUCAUGACUGGAUGUCAGUAUUGUUGUGCUAUUCAACAAUCCCAUUGAAAUAAGACACUCUCCCUUUCCUUCAUAAUUUUUUUAUUUUCUGUUUCAAAACUGUUUCACUUUAGCCAACCACGAUGGUUUGGUCGUAUUCAUCUCCAGUCAUGGGAAGGCGAGAGGCUUUCAAACCGUGGACAAAAAAAUCGUCGAAGUCGAGGAACUCACUUCGCGAGUGAACGGUAAACAGUGCAAAGCUCUGCGAGGAAAGCCGAAACUAUUCUUUAUUUCUGCCUGCCGUGGAACCAAAUCGGACGCCGGGGUUCAGCCGAGUAUUAUCGACUCCGAUGCAAAUGGGGAUGAGAAACUGGUACCCAAACUCCCAACCGAAGCGGAUUUCUUGGUGUGUUAUUCCACGACCAAGUAUCAUAUAUCCUACCGGAGAUUUACCCUAGGGGUACAAAACUCCCCCGAGAUGGGGACAUGGUUGAUCAGUUCACUUACUCAAGUUUUUGAGGAAAGAAUGAAAGACGAGGAUGUCAUGCAGAUGUUAACACGUGUUAACGCAAGCGUUGCCAACAUGGCAAGUCGUGAUGAUCACGUGAACGGCAUGAAGCAAAUGCCUGUGCAGAUGCACAUGCUAAGGCAUCGGGUCUUCUUUGGAAAGUGACAUGCGAUUGGUUGCCACGGUUACUAAAACUGAUCUCAAAUAUUUAUAGAACUGGAGCAUGAUUAUGCAUUAACUAGUUGUAAUUUUGAUAAGAUGGACGCUACUGGGUCUUUUAGAUAUCAGUUGUCAGCGAAAAGUUACGUCAAUUGUAGUAGGAUAUUUUGUAAGAUGUCAGUUUCAAAUUGGAGAUACUCCAUCGAUCAAAAAUACGGCUUUAAUAUCAGCUUUAAUAAAUGUUUGCAGUAAUAUAGUUUAAAGUCUUUAAUAUCCCCAAAACCUCCAAAGAAUACUUUGGCUACAAUCUUCAUAUAAUUCCACCAACUGUUUCCCAGUGCAAAACAAUGACGUAAUACUGUUUUCUGUAAAAUAGGCUAACAAUAAGAUUCUACCGUACAAUUCGGAAAGAACAGCGCCUUUAAAGUAUCAUCA